AUGUUGGAAACAACAAAAAGUUGUGGUGGUGGGAGAAUUGAAGAGAGAGUUGGUGAAGACAUGAUCAGCGCUUUACCUGAAGAUUUGCUUGUAAAUAUACUCAAGUAUGUGCCGACUAAAGAUGCAGUGGCCACCAUGAUUCUGUCUAAACGAUGGCGUUUUACGUGGACGAUGUUGCCUAAGCUUGACUACAAAGAAAACAAAGAUGAUGAGAGCAAGAGGAGCGUUUGGUGGUUUCUUGAAAAGUCAUUGCAACUCCUCAAAGCACCAGUCUUAACUUUGUUGUUGAUAGAACUCGGUCCACGAUGUCCUAGUGAUGCUGAUGUGGGAAAGUGUGUUGCGAAGGCUGUUGAUCGCCGAGUGGUUGUGCUAGCACUCGAGCUUCGCUGGUCCGCAGAUCCAGCAAGAUUGCCCAAUAGCCUUUACUCAUGCAAAACUCUCGAGGUACUGAAUCUCUCCCACAAGAUUCUCGUGGAUGUUCCUUGUACCGCCUGCCUCCCAUCACUAACAAUGCUCUGGUUAGACUGUGUGGUGUAUAAAAACGAUGAAUCUCUUAUUAGGCUCUUAUCAGGCUGCUCCGUUCUCGAGAGUAUGUAUGUCAAACGGAUAAAGGAUGACAAUGUCAAAAGGUUCACAGUGAAAGUUCCUUCUUUAUUGGAAUUAGAGUAUGUUAAUCAUUGCAAUGAUGUAGAAGAAGAUACAUGUAGGUGCUUGGUUAUUGACACUCCUGCAUUAACAGAGUUUGACAUAACUUAUUACUCAGGAGACUCUUGCUCAAUCGAGAAUACACCUUGUUUGGAGCAAGUUUAUAUCGACAUUGAGCGGUGUUUUCCUGAUGUAGACAACUUCUUAAGAUCUUUUUCCGCAGUCUCGUUUCUUGAGUUGGAUUUGACAGACGAAAUGAUUCUGUGUUGCACAACCAUCAAAUUCUCUCGGCUGACAAUGUGUAGGAUACGUCCAUGGGACUCAGACUGGAUGGACUCACUUGUGCCUUUCCUUGAAAAUACUCCGAAGCUAAAGUGUUUUAUAGUUGAUUAUAGAUCAACCCAUAAACCCCCUAUUGCCUCUCCUUUGUGGAACGAAACGGGCUCUGAUCCAAAAUGCUUGUCAUCAAGCCUCGAGAAGUUUGAGUUGAUAGACUAUACGGGAAGAGAAGAAGAGGUAGAAUUGGUGGAAUACAUCCUAACUACCUCAAAAAUUUUGGAGACGGCAACAAUCUCCAUGAGAUCAUUGCCAGACUUAAAAAUGAUGAAGGAGUUGAAAGCUAUUCCCAGGAUGAAAAUGAAAAUGAGGUACAGCGAAAUCCGGAAGCGCGACAAGGGCGUUCCAGUCGGGUGUAAUUGUGGUGUAGUGCUUCUCGUUGCCAGAUCUAAUGAUCCUAGCACGAGAGGAGAACUUUAUUUCAGUUGUGCGUAUGAAAUCACAAAUGGUCCCGUUCAAGGCUGCGGUUUCCGGAGGUGGUGGAAUGAUGCAUUGCGCGACGAGUUUGUCAAUAUUACAGAGGAGAAGAAUGAGAUGAAGCAGGACUUGGAUGCAGCCAAGAAGCGCAUUGAGACUCAAGAAGAAAUUAUCUUGAAUAUGGAAAGAAAUAUGACGCGCUAG